AUGCGCCGCUCCCUCCGAGAAGGCAGAACGGAUAGUCUGACCACCACGGAAGCCGAGGAAAGGGGAUUUAAGAUUCCGGGUUUCAGCAAACUGUCGUCACUGUUCAACAAGAACCCAAAAAUCGGUAACGCUAUAGCCUCGAAUCCGUCGAUCGCCAACGCCAUGAAGGAUCCCACGGUCACCAAGACGAUCACAACCCUCAAGAACAAACCCGGACUCCUCGCCAAACUGAAGAAAACCACCACAUAUAAAGAAAUUGCACCCAAGCUGAAGACAAACACUCUCACCACGAGGGACAUCGAGCGUCUCGGAAAAGAAACGGUGAAAGCUUCCGGUAAAAAGGGUUACAUGUAUGGUAUGGUUAUUGCGGCUGCCGCCACCAUAGUCGGCUUGGUUGUCAUUGCGCUCAUAGAGGACGCAACGAGUAAAUCCGACUAA